AUGGCCACAUUCGACGAGACAUUCAACCCUGCAGCGCUCGCACGAUCAGACACCGUUACAUCGAUAACGAGUAACGCGAAAGUGCCUCCUCCCAGCUCAACGACGAAGCCAACCAAGACCACCCAGAACUAUCCUCGCAUCGACCUCGAGCCCCUCUACGCGGAACUCAAGUCGUUAAUAGGGCAUAACUGGGAAACAUACUAUGAUGCACUGACGAGGUUUAUUCGGGGAGAACUGAACGCCCGCGAAUUUGGGGACCUCUGCGACGUCUUCAUCUACACAACCCCCCAGACCGAACAUGCGCACAACUCGCUUAUUCUCGCCGUCCUAUGUAAUACGUCGCGCGAUUCUCCUGAACCCGGAUUGGCGGCAUGGGUCAGCGCGACGACCGACAAGUCCGCACUGGCGGCAUCAUCCAAACCUGCGGUGACCAGCGAUGCGGGCGAACAAAGACUCAAGAGCGAAGUCAUGGCUUUGCCGGCUCGUGAUAGGAGACGGCUAAAAACGGUGAUUAAUGACAAGGACGAGGAUGCCACAGCGAAGAGAAAUCUGUACGAGGACGCAUAUAUGGUUGGCCGCAUCAAGGCUCCCGAGAAUGUGACGACGAACGCGAGCGUGGCUGGCGGUAUCACCAAGACGAACUGGGACCUGGAGAUUCGGAAGCGGUAUUUGCAACCUUUGUUCUGUGAGACACUCGAGUUUCCCGAUCCGGCGACGAUACAUGCGCGCAUCGUACCGAUAUGCUACGAAGAGGCGGUUGCGAGUGGGUGCUCGAUUCAGUGCGCCGAGUACGUGGGCUUGGCUGCUGAGACGUAUCUCAAGGGCGUGCUAGGCGAGGUCUUUGAUCGCGUGAGGAGCAACGGACCUAGGUACGCUGAGAACAGUGCGAACGGUGGCAUAAUGACUAGUAGGUAUAAAAAGAUUAUUGAAAAGGAGGAAGCAGAGGUUCACAGUGGACGGUUGAUGAGGACAAGGGAUGAUGAUCUCCUGCCGUGCGAAGCGGCUGCCGCGUAUAGUAGACGGCUGAUCGGGAUCUCGGAUUUACAGCUUGCCAGCCAGGUCGGGCCAAAGCCUUGGAAUCAGAUGCCGUUGGUGGGAUGGACGAUUGAGAAUGCGAGUGCUGGGUAUGAUCAUGAAGAGUGGCAUGCACGCACGCAAGCAGGGGAGUAUGCGAAUGGGAUUGGACAUAUGGUGGAGAAGAAUGAGGAUGCAAUGGAUGUGGAUGCUAACCCGGAUAAUUAUGGCUGGGAGGGUGCUGGUGCACAGGAUCGGUCGGGCUUGGAGAGUGUGCUGAAAGAUUGUCUUGCUGUUGGUGUGUAG